AUGUGCCAGGCGGUGCCCUCGGCCGCGCAGCGCUGCUCCCAAGCGCGGACUGUCUCCCAGAACCCAGGGGUGCAGCGGCGCCGACACACGGGGAGCGCAGACGAGCGCAGCGCGGCGUGGCCGCCGCGCCUCUGUGCCGUGGCCGUGGCCAGCGGAGUGCGCGGGGAUCCCGCGGGCGCGGGCGCUGCGGGGCGCCUGAUCGCAGAUUUGCCGAAAGUCAGAGGAGGAAAAGAUACCCAGAACUUAGUAGAAGUGUUCGCUGUUGGAGCGGCCGCGGACUCUGCCGUCCAGCUGGACAACAUGUUCUGUUGGGCAUUGCGCAUUUGUUUUCCGUAUCCAGUUCGGGCGUGCCGAGUAUGA